GUUUCAUGUCGAGAUGAAAAGAAAAAGCAGUGCUGGCUUUUAUUUAUUUAUUUAUUUAUUUGUAUUACCCUUAUGCAGACAAAUAAGAGAAACUUUCCUCUCAUCAUUUGCCUAUCAAACAAACAUCUUCUUUCUCUUUCAUGUAUCAUCCUUACUAUUAUUCGAAUAUAACGAUGCAACCAUCGUUAGAUCAUUAUAGGCAAGAUCAACCUGAAGAUCAACUCGAAUCCAUAGCUAAUAAGCGAAAGCAGCAUUUAGAACGCAAUCGACUCGCAGCCUAUCGAUGUAGAGAAAAGAAGAAAAAUGAACAACAACAUAUGGUUGAACAAGCAGAGUAUUUGGAAACAAGAAAUGCAUCAUUACAAGUCAUGGUGAAUGCUUUAAAAAACCAAGUCAUGACAUUGCGUGAAUUAUUGUUAGCUCAUGAUGUAUGUGAUUGUGAAAAAGUCCAUUCGUUCAUUCAAAAGAGUUGUCUUUUAUAAAAUAAAAAUAAAAACACAGUGUGGCUUUUGUUU